UGAUGUUUUCAGUAGGAAGUAAGGCUGAAGUAGCAGUUGGUUGCUGAGAUACAGUCAAUAAUGAGGAGAGAUUGCGUUGGGUUUAGUUAUAUAGCGUUCGAAGGUGUUUAUAUUGAAUUCAGAGCUGUAGUUUAAGCCAGGCGUCUUCAUGUUUUGUUGCCAGUUGCACGAACUGUUAACUCACUUGGAAAUUUAAUUUACACUGAUGCAACUACAGUAGCUUUUUGGUUUUAAAUAUAAUAGAAGAACUGGAGAUUGAGAGAUGAGUGUUUGGUGGAAAAGAGGAGUGGAUUCCAAGCAGCCUACUAAUGUUUUAUCUGCUGAGUGGUCCUAAUACCUGUGGCAUCAGUCCUAGAGACUUCUGAAGAAGGAUCUUCUUCUUAUAGAUGUAUUAUUACAGGUCGGGAUGUCUUCUGAUGAAGUGAUUUCACCUGAAGAAUUACGGAGGAGACUGUACCAAACAUUUAAGAGCAAAGGUCUUUUAGACUCUUUGAAGACGCAGCUUCGAAAUCAGCUUGUACACGAGCUAAGGCACCAGACUCUGAGUGGAGAUGUUCUCCCACAGCCUCUGUCUAGUGAAGGUCUGUCAUUGUUGAGCAGAGCUUCAAACAGCCUAAUUGCAGAUCACCUUUACAGAUGUGGCUAUGAAUAUACACUUUCUGUGUUUUACCCAGAGAGUGGCUUAGAAAAAGAAAAGAGACGGUUUAUGUAUUGUGUCCACAAAUUUCUGAUUCUGAGAAGGGUGUCGCCUCAGCCAAACCUCUACAAAUCCCUGACCUCAAGUAUUCAGAAUGACAGUAAAAAAGGUUUCCUUACACAUUUGCUUAUGGAACUGACAGAGCAUCACUUGAACAAAGAAGGGCAAGAUGCAAGCACUCAAACAAGCUCUACUCCACAGUACAGAGAAUCUAUUGUUGAAAAACUACAGCUGGUUGAUGAACAGUUUGCCGCAGCAUACCCAGAAGUUCUUACAAGUACAUCUUUGGAAAGUAAGCUUGCAGAAUAUCGUAAACAGAUACAGGAACAGCUUCAAACAGAAAUGGAUCAAAAGUUGCUCCAUUUCAAAGAAGUGGAAAUUGCCAAAAUAAGGAUGGAGGAAAAAGAAAAGUCCAGAAAGGAAAUCACAGAAUUUAGACGAGAACUGGAAAAGACAUUUCAAGUCAAGUCUGAGGCCCUACUUACUCGGGAGAAGAAUGCAAUUGAAAGACUUCAGAAGCAGCAAGAGAUUGAAGAGAAGGAGACAUAUCUACAGAGACAAAACCUGCUGAAAGACAUUGAAUUAGUCAGAAAUAGAGAAGUGGAGCUGAAGCAACAGAUUGAGUCCUUUGAACUUACUGUGAAGAUGCAAGAAGAAAAAAACAAAAACAUAGAAGAAGGCCUCAAACAGCGAGAGGUAGCAAUGAAAAAUAUCGAAGACACUUAUGAUCAAAAGCUAAAGAAUGAGAUUUUGAGAUAUCAGCUACAACUAAAAGAAGAAUAUCUAAAGAGAACUGAGAAAAUCACAGAAGAUGAAAAGAAGAACAAAGCUGAAGCUUUACAGUUAAAAGAAGAACUGAUAGCAAUUAAUUCAAAAAAGGAAGAGUUAAGACGAACUCAGACUAGGGUAAAGGAGUUGGAGUUAGAACUGGAUUCACAAAAGACUCAGGUCAACUGGGCAGGGAGACAAAUUGAACUUCUGACAGAGAAACUUCAAGACGUCUCAGACUACCCUCUUUUAAAGAAAGAAAAAGUGGAACUCCUGGCACAGACUGAACUACUCAAAAGGCAGUUGGAAGAUACCCAUACAAAGAAUAAAUAUCUCAGAGAACGUCUAACACAACCAAGUGCUGAAUAUUUAGCUCUGAAUGCAGAAAUGAGACGAAUAGAAAUUAACUUGAAACAACAGCUGGAGGAGCUGGACAAUCACAAACAAAUUCUGGAAAAGCAGUUGCAAAAUGAGAUUGAACGCUGUGCACAACUGAAACUGCAACUUUUAGAAUCUGAGGACUCCAAUAGACGCCAAAAUGAAGAGAUGGAUGAUCUAAAACUGCAGCUACGGCAAACACAGCUGGCUCUUCAGAAUGAAGUCUAUCGCAAUCCUAAGCCCUCUUUGGUUGAUUUUUCUGUUAUUGACUAUACUGCUGACAAGGUUGUACCUCAUGAUAUCUAUGUAGAUGGUGCUUUGCUGAGGAAUCAAGUGGAAGAACCUCUCCUUGCCACAGCUGGUGUUGGACAUGUCAAGUUCAUUAGGCAGACUAGACCUUGCAGCUCUUCAUCAGAUUCUGAUCAUGAAUUUGUAGCUGAUGCUAAAGCAAGAAUAAAGGAACUGGAGAAAGAAGCUGAACACCUUGAACAGGCCUACAGGAAUUAUCAGCAAAGAAUUAUCCAGGCUGGAACUGAAAAACAUUUACAGGCAAAGUCUCAAUCUUCCCCAGCAUAUCGAAAAAUUUUAGGCAGAGGAAUUCUUCCUUCACAGCACAGAGUGACAUUUGCUGAAGAUGCUGUUCCACGUCAGCAGUUAUUACAGGGCAUAGCAAGAGACCAGGCUUUUAGCAAGGCAGAAUUGUCUGAAAGAGGACUCCUUGAUGACUCAGUUCCAGUGAUUAGAAGUAUUUCCCCUCCCAGUAUGUUAUUUUCAACUCCUGUUUCAAAAAUGGGCAUAGAAAAUAUCAACAGACCAUCUUCAAAAAAUGAUGUGACUGAUGAAUCUCCUCAUAACUCGCAUGUGGGUCAUGUGUCUCCCAUUCCAAGAAGUGAAUACCACCCAUCUGCAAAUGCAGCUGUUCAUAAACCAAGUUCUCCCUUGCCAGGUGAUGGAUACAUUUUUCAAAGUAUCACUGAACUUCCAGGAGAUGUUACUACCACAGAUUGGUCUCUGCAGCCUUCAAAGUUACAUCUAGAAGAUCUUGCAGUUACUGAUUCCCUUCAAAUCACUGAUCAAGACAACAUUCCCAAGCAACUGAAGGGUGAUGUGUUCCAUCAGUCAGAGGACAGUGUGAAUAGGGGCUAUGACACCACUGUGCUGCCAUUGCUGGCUACCUCACAGCAGGAUUCAACAUCUGUUCAGGGAGAACUUGAAAAACAAAGAAAAGAGGAAGAGGAGGAAAGAAGAUGGGAGGAGGAGAGGAGAAUACGGGAAGAAAAAAGGGAGCUAGAAAGGCUAGAAGUGUUGGAAAGGGAGCACAGAGAAUUUUUGAGACUGGAGAAUGAAAAGAAUAUGUUAGAAGAGGGAAAGACAGUCCAAGAGGCAAUAAAAGAACCAACUGCAAAUGAAUCUGAACAAAGCAUGUCUGAAGAUGAGCACCUGUCUGCUAAAUGUGAUGAAAACCCUUUGGAAAAGUACAUGAAAAUUGUCCAGCAAGCUAGAAAAGUGGAACAAGUCAUGAGUCCAAAAAAGGAAAGUGAAAAAGAAUUAUCAUUUCUGCAGACCCUAUCAAAUGAAAAAGAUGAAAGCAUUGAUGUGGUUUCUCAUGAAGAAGCAGAUGAUGAUUUUUGGUGAAUGUUGAUUUGUACCUGGAUGACUACCCAAAAGUGUUCUACUACACUUCAGAUUUGAUUCAGCUGUUGACCCGUGAUAUCCCAAAAAGAUGUCAUCUAGAAGAGCAACUGAUAUUUAAAGACUGCAGCCUUGUAUAUUAUGUGUGUCAGGGAGUAAAAAAUGUACACUAUGAAUCUAUUUUUUUGUUAUUGUUACUGUUCAUAAAAUUACUAAGCAUUUAUAAAUAUUACACCUCUAUUAUUUUUUGCCUUAUUUUAAAUCCAUUUAUGUAACAUAAUAAAGUGAUGUUUUACAGAA